AUGUCUAUCUUCCUAUGUUUCCUAUUCCUUUUCCCUCUCUUUGUGAUCCAAUUUAAAAAGCUUUUACCCUCGAAAAGGAAGCUUUCUCCGGGACCUACGGGUCUUCCGAUCAUAGGAAACUUGCACCAGCUUGGAAGAUUGCUUCACAGUUCUCUGCACAAGCUCUCUUUAAAACAUGGACCAAUGAUGCUUCUUCGUUUUGGGGUCGUCCCUGUGGUCGUAAUCUCCUCCAAGGAUGCAGCUACAGAAGUUCUCAAGACUCAUGACCUAGAGACUUGCACCCGACCUAAAAUGGUAGCAACCGGUUUAUUUUCGUACAACUUCAAAGACAUUGGUUUCACUCCGUAUGGCGAGGAUUGGCGAGAGAUGAAAAAGCUCAUAGGACUCGAGCUAUUUACUAUAAAAAAACUGAAGUCUUUAAGGUCUAUCAGGGAGGAAGAGAGUGACUUGCUGGUCAAGAAAAUUUCAAAAUCUGCUCAAACACAAACCCUUGUGGUUAUUAUAUUUAGACAUGCAUUUGGGAAAAACUUCCGUCAGUGUGAUUUCAUCGAUAUGGAGAGAAUAGAAGAGCUGGUGGUAGAGUCAGAGACCAACGUAGGAACCUUGUCAUUCACUGACUUCUUCCCUACGGGUCUCGGAUGGCUUAUAGACCGUCUCUCUGGUCAGCAUUCGAGGAUGAACGAAGUCUUUUCUAAACUCACCAAUUUGUUUAACCAUGUGAUUGAUGAUCAUUCAAAGACUGGACACCACCAAGAUCACUCAGACCUCAUCAGUGCUAUGUUGUAUAUGAUCAAUAAACCCUCCAGUGAAGGCUCUUUCAAGAUCACUUCCGAUCAUCUCAAAGGAGUCAUGUCGGAUGUGUUUUUAGCGGGAGUGAAGGCGGGAGUGAUCACGAUGAUAUGGACAAUGACAGAGCUGACCAGACAUCCAAGAGUGAUAAAGAAACUCCAAGAAGAGAUUCGAGCAACACUCGGGUCUAACAAAGAGAGAAUCACAGAAGAAGAUCUAGAGAAAGUUCAUUACUUAAGGAUGGUGAUCAAGGAAACAUUCAGACUACACCCACCUGCUCCUCUCUUGCUCCCAAGAUUAACAAUGUCCGACAUCACGAUUCAAGGCUACAACAUUCCCAAAAACACCAUGAUCGAGAUCAAUACUUACACGAUAGGACGUGAUCCCAAAUGUUGGACUAGCCCCCAAGAAUUCAUUCCAGAGAGGUUUCUUAAUACCUCUAUAAACUACAAGGGUCAGCAUUACGAGCUCUUGCCCUUUGGAGCUGGUCGUAGGAGCUGUCCCGGGAUGGCCUUGGGAAUCACCAUUCUUGAGCUCGGACUUCUGAACCUUCUAUAUUUCUUUAAUUGGAGUUUACCAGAUGAAAUGACAAUUGCAGACAUUGACAUGGAAGAGGUUGGAGCUUUAAACGUUGCCAAGAAAGUUCCUCUUAGGCUCGUACCAACUCUUUAUCACUCGUGAACAAAUGCAUUUAAGCAUAUAAG